UUUGUGAGAGUUUGGUAUUGCCGCUUAAGCUUGUUUCUUUCUUUACUACCUACCGUUUAGACGGAGUGAACGAGAAAUCAAAAAACCCUCUUUCAUUUUCUCUUCUCUCUCUAUAACAUAACAACUCACGAGAAGAGAAACAACAACAACUUCGUACUUUUCGAAUUAUUGUUUCUCUCUUGUUGUUGUUCUUCACUCUUCUUCAGCCAUGGCGUGUGCAAAACUCAACUCUCUAUCUUCUCAAUGGAUCGCUAACAACCCUUUCUCUUCUCGCCGUGGAUCAUCCUCUCUCUCCACCACCCGCGGUGUCUCUCUCCCGAUCCGCGCCUCUUCUUACUCCGAUGAACUCGUCCUAACCGCCAAAACUGUUGCAUCUCGUGGUCGUGGAAUUCUUGCACUUGAUGAGUCAAAUGCAACUUGUGGGAAGCGUUUGGCAUCAAUUGGAUUGGAUAAUACUGAGGUCAAUCGACAGGCUUACAGACAACUUUUGCUGACCACACCUGGUCUUGGUGAAUACAUCUCCGGUGCCAUUCUUUUUGAGGAAACCCUUUAUCAGUCAACAACUGAUGGGAAAAAGUUUGUGGAUUGUCUCCGCGAGCAGAACAUUGUGCCUGGUAUCAAAGUUGAUAAGGGUUUGGUUCCUCUGCCAGGGUCAAACAAUGAAUCUUGGUGCCAAGGAUUGGAUGGAUUGGCUACUAGAUCUGCUGAAUACUACAAGCAAGGUGCUCGAUUUGCCAAGUGGCGAACAGUUGUCAGCAUUCCAUCUGGUCCUUCUGCCUUGGCUGUUAAGGAAGCAGCAUGGGGACUUGCACGAUAUGCUGCUAUCUCUCAGGACAACGGUCUUGUUCCAAUAGUUGAGCCUGAAAUUCUUCUUGAUGGGGACCACCCAAUCGAGAGGACACUUGAAGUUGCAGAGAAGGUAUGGUCAGAAGUCUUCUUCUAUUUGGCUCAAAACAACGUCCUUUUCGAGGGAAUUUUGCUCAAGCCUAGCAUGGUUACACCUGGGGCCGAUCACAAGGAAAAGGCUUCUCCAGAAACCAUUGCCAAAUAUACACUAACCAUGCUUAACAGAAGAGUUCCUCCUGCAGUCCCCGGAAUCAUGUUUUUGUCAGGUGGACAAUCAGAAGUUGAAGCAACACUAAAUCUUAAUGCUAUGAACCAAACUCCCAACCCGUGGCACGUCUCUUUCUCAUACGCACGAGCCCUGCAGAACUCCGUGCUUAAGACUUGGCAAGGUCGCCCCGAGAAUGUUGAAGCAGCUCAGAAGUCUCUGUUGGUCCGUGCUAAAGCUAACUCCUUGGCUCAGUUAGGAAGAUACUCCGCCGAGGGUGAAAACGAAGAAGCCAAGAAGGGAAUGUUCGUCAAGGGUUACACCUACUAGAAAAUUUAGGUGUCCCGUGUGGCUUUUGGCUGAUUUAUUUUAUAUCGAUUUCUCACUAGCAGUGAAUUUUAAGGACCUGUUCUAAGUUUUAUUUUAGUUUUAAUUUUUACUAACUUCUAGCAAAUGAGUUUGAAUAAAGUGAAGCUAGAAAGAAAGCUUUUCCUUGGUGCAAUUGAGGUUGAGAUUAGUAAAAUAUCAAAGGGAAUUCACAGAUUUUGCGUUGUUCCUUUUUGUUGGGAGACUUCAUAUUUAGCAUACACAUCAUAUAUUCUGAAUGCUAUAUUUAUGAGUAUAGAUAAGUUAUAAAAUAGUCUGCCACGACUGUCAUGUA